AUGGCCAAAGCUGUAGGAUCCGCAAUUCUUCAAAACAGACCACUUCCCAAAGCUGGACCUUACCCCACUGGAGAUCCUUAUCUAUUCUGUGUCUAUCAUAAGGAUCACUACCCUGUCGGAAAUGGCAAGAUGGAAGCCCCCUUUCCAGGAAAUGGAAGCGACUUUGAUCCCACCAAACCUUACCGAAUGUAUCACGGUGCCUUGGUUCCCGGCUUUCCACAACAUCCGCACAGAGGCUUUGAGACCAUUACCGCUACCAUUGAAGGAUUGAUUGAUCAUGCUGAUUCUGCUGGAAAUGGAGGACGCUAUGGGAAUGGUGAUUUGCAAUGGAUGACUGCUGGAGAGGGAAUUGUCCAUUCGGAAAUGUUUCCUCUACUAAAUACGGAGGAAGACAACAAGACUCGCUUUUUUCAAAUCUGGUUGAAUCUACCAGCUCGCAGCAAAAUGGUCAAGCCUAGCUUUGCCAUGUUCUGGGACAAGGACGUUCCCAGGUAUGAGUCCGAAGAUGGCAAGGCCAAGGCGACAGUCUGGGUUGGACUCAACUAUUUGGGCAUUGAAAAGAAUAAUCAACCUCCUCCGGACUCGUGGGCGGGGGAUGCUUCCAACGAUGUGGCGUUGGUGCACCUGACGGUCAAACCUGGCGGUAAGUUCACUCUUCCCAAGUCACACGAAGAAAAAGUGAACCGUUCCUUGUUUUAUAUUGAGGGUAAAUCGGGUGUUUUGGUGGAUGGUAAAUCGAUUCAGCAAAAAUCCAGUCUGGUCCUGGAUCCAUCCACGGAUAUUGAAAUUGAACUGCCAGAAGACCACGAAGUGGAUGCCGAAUUCUUGUGGAUGCAAGGCAAACCCAUUGAAGAACCAGUCGCACAAUACGGACCAUUUGUCAUGAAUACGGAUUCAGAAAUCCAACAAGCCUUUAUGGAUUACCGACGAACCGAGUUUGGAGGCUGGCCUUGGCCACGUGAUGACAUGGUAUUUCCAGCCGAAAAGGGUCGAUUUGCACUAUUUGAUGGCAAGGAAACCACGCCGACGGACGAGAAAGUUUGCGAAGAGUAA